AUGUCUGGCAACACGGGCAAGCAAACAUCAGGCCUAACUAGCAUUCCGUGCAUCACAGACCCAUCAUCCCCGCUCACGGCUUCGUACACCUAUCACUCACCAACCCCAACCGCUGCGGGACCUUAUAUUCUGGGCGUCGAUGAAGCCGGAAGAGGACCAGUCUUGGGUCCGCUCGUCUAUGGGGUAGCAUACUGCCCUGCUUCCUACCAGGAUGAGCUGGAUGGACUUGGAUUCGCGGACUCGAAGGCACUGACAGCGAGCACACGGUUGUCACUCUUGGGAACGUUGUGCUCGGACGCAUCGAACCUCGGCUGGUCAGUCCGGGUCCUGAGUCCGCAAGCAAUUUCUGGUGGCAUGCUCCGCCGCCCUCCAACCAACCUCAACCGCCAGUCUGAACAAGCUACCAUCCUCCUCAUCCGGGAAGUCUUGCAACGCGGCAUCCACCUAUCGGAGGUGUUUGUGGAUGCGCUCGGCCCGACCAAGCAGUACGAAGCAUAUCUGACCUCCCAGUUCCCUGGCAUCAACUUCACGGUCACCGCGAAGGCGGAUUCAAAAUUCAAGAUCGUCGGCGCGGCGAGUGUCGCGGCGAAAGUGACACGCGACGCUUGGAUCGAAGGUUGGGUGUUCGAGGAGCUUCAACCAUUAAGCCAGAACGGAGACGGCGCUACGAAGGGAGCUGAAUCGCGAUGGGCCGAAGAGCUCGGAAGCGGGUAUCCCUCUGAUCCCAAGACGCAGGCAUGGAUCAAGAGCUCGCUUGAUCGCACGUUCGGCUUUCCCUCGCUCGUCCGUUUCUCCUGGACCACUAUCAAGGUCGUCCUGGACAAGGAUGCACAUACUGUUGAGUGGACUGACGACGGCCAAGCAUCGCUGGUGACAGCCUUUGAGAGUGCGACGGGGCGAGACAAGGAUCGCUGCUUCGUCGCGAGGGAACUCAGUAUCAAGAGCGUUGGCGCGUUAUAA